AUGUACAAUGCCUCCCAUUUUGAUGAUUAUCAGAGGGAUGUCACCACAACAGCCGUUUUCAUCGACGCAAGCUACGUGUGCGCGCCAGACUACGAGACGCAGUUCGGCGGCGCCCGUGUUGCUUGCAACGAUCGGCGUCCCGAUUUCAUCGUUGCCGCAUCGCCGACACGCAGCACUGUGGGCGAUUUUCUCUUCAUGCUGGUGCGCCAACGUGUCAAACUCUUGGUCAUGCUGGAUGGCUUGCAAACGGCCAAUGAAAGAGCUGCAACGCCGAUGGUGGUGGAGGAUGAAGAGGAGGGCUACGUAGCAACAGUUCCCCAUUGGCCAGUAGGAGGCACUGAUGGCGGCGAUAAGGCUGUGGAUUUGGAGAACUUCUUUUCGACAUAUCACGCCUGUCAGGUGGUGCGACAUGCUGAGAAGUACACUCAUGACUGCUGUUGUCGAACGCUCUUUGUCACUCCCGUUGAUGGGAUGCAGCUCCAUUUCACCGGUUGGCCACGUCAUGGUGUUCCCCGGGUGGAUAUUUUCUAUAACUUCGUCGUUAAAUGCUUGAAGUAUCUCGACGACUUUGCCGUUGGUAGAGAUUACGGUCCACCGACAGUCCACUCCAGGCCUGACGACGGCAGAGCAGGCACCCUUGUUUGUGCUGCAGCGCUGCUCAGCCGCUUACGAAGCAACUCGCAGAAGGUGGAUGUUUUUGGAACUGUUUUGGCACUGAGUAAAUUUCGGCCUGGUAUCAUCACCUCAAAGGACCACUUGCAGUUCCUGUAUCUUUCUGUCCAGUGCUGCAUCAACUUUGAGAACUUUUUGCCAGAAUCUGAGGACGAGGAUGAGUGA